GUGGGAAGUGAACAAAAACUAUAAUUAAAUUUUAAUACAAUGCAUGAGAAGUGUUUAUGUUUUGACCUAUAGUUUACAAAAAACCUUCCUUGUGAAUAACAUGAUCCUAAGCUGCCAAAAGAAUUUCGUUUUACCAAGCUAGCUAAUCAAGAGAAAUGUUACGAAAUGGCGGAGUUCCUGCCUCUCUGCGACGUGCUGUUCAACGUGAUCUCGCUGGCCGGUUACUUCUGCGACGUCGUGUUCGACGUUGUGAUGAGCUACGCGCUGCUCGAACGCGGCUAUAAGGCCACGUUCGCGGCCGCCAUAUCAAUAGUCGUCACGUCGCUUCUUAUAACGCAGGUCCUAUCACUCCGCUGGUACCUGUCCGUGUGGGGCGCGGACGGCCGCCCGCAGCGCCCGUGGGCGGUGGCGGCGCUGCACUGCCUGCAGCUGGGCGUGCUGUGGCGGUACGCGCGCCUGCUCGCGCCCGUCGACACCAGUACGCCACGCGUUAAGCACCAAGUGCGGGAUCUGUGCAUGCUUCGCUUGGUGCAUGCGUUCUGCGAGGCGGCCCCGAUGCUGCUGCUGCAGUUACACGUGCUGCUGCGAGAGGAGCCUGAGCCUGAGCCGCUGGAUUCUCCUGGGAUUUCACCUGCCGGAAACGCAGCAUUCGCAGAGCUGAACGUGAUAUCGGCGUCUCUCUCACUCUUCUCCGUGUGCUGGGCCCUCGCCAGCUUUAGCAAAAACGUACGCCUGCGAAACGUGCACCGACUGGUGUUGACCUGGCUUGGUGUUAUUGUUCAGUUCCUCUGGCGGUUGGGGACGAUCUCCGCGCGCAUAUGCGCGCUCACCGCGUACGCUCUAGUCUACGAAUACUGGGUCUUCUUAGUUAUAGGUCUCCACUGGGUCUCGAUGUUCCUGUGGCUCAUCUCGCCCAAGAACGUGUUCGACGGGGAGCGCGUCGGUCGCGCGCGGAAGGCGUUAUUAGCCGCGCUGAUAGCGGCCGUAUACGUGCUCGCCUACGUGAACCUGCAGGAGCAUAGGCAUAAGCAGAAGAUGAUGGCGUUCUACAUCGUAAUGUUCGUGGAGAACGCUCUGCUCCUAGUGGCGUGGUGGUGGGCCGCGCCGCGGGCGAAUAUGUCCGUGGUGGGCUUCUCCGCCGCCGCUUAUAUCUCUGGCCUGGCCUGCAUGCUGCUCUACUAUAGAUAUUUCCACGUGCGAAGAUUGGGCUACAUGUUAGGAGAAAAUCAACAGGGCACUAAUAGUACAAACGCAUCGUCACAAAAUAAAAAUGGGAAACAGGCAAACAAUGCGGAUAAUCCUGUUAUUCCGGGCGUUUUUAACUGUCGCUUCACAAAUCCAGUCAAUAGCAGCGCGGCACUACGCAAGAAGAAGAAGCCGACGUCGUUCGUCCCGCCGCCCGCGGCGCCGGCGGCCCCCGCCCCCGGGGCCCCCGCCCCUGCCCCCGGGGCCCCCGCGCCCGCCCCCGGGGCCCCCGCCCCCGCCGCGCCCGGCGCCGCCUUCUGGCGCCGCCCGCUGCCGCACAACCACCACGGUGGUUCUUCAGAAAACGAAGGCUCCAGCGUCGGUUCCCGCGUCAACAUCCAACAAAAACUACAGGAAAAAAAGCAAAAACAGCUCGCCGAGCUCCGCGUCAUAGAAGAAGAGAUCAAACAGGGAAAACUUGCCAAAACCACCCCCGUAGCCGCCGAAGAAAUAUACAGUAGCCUACAAAGGCAACCUAUACCUAGAGCCAAAACACAUGCUGAACCAGCCUGGCCUAGUAUAGAAAUGACACAUUCGUAUCAAAACUACCCCGUCCCGCACACAUGCAACAUAUACCCAACCUACACAGAAAUCAAAAACUACAACAACCAACCCUUCCAAAACAACAACACAGACUUAAACGAUCUCAAAAUCCACAGACGAUACGACAUCUACGAAAACCCUAACAUUUCUAGACCUAUCCAUUCCCCUAACUACCUAGCUUUAUCAGAGAAUAGAAGCUACGAAACAAACCGGGCUAGCCCUAGAACUAUAAAUAAUAGCCCUAGGAAUUAUAUCACGGAAAACAAUUACGAAGUGUCUUUAGAUAAAUCUAGGAUACCUAAUAACAUAUACAGCGAUGCGCCUGAGUAUUCCGGGUUUGAAAAUCAGCCUUACAAUAAGGAUGAAUACGUAUCAAAUUUGCUUAAUCAAAGCAUAGACGCGAGAUACGAGUGUUACGGGCAGAACUGUGACCGGUUUCCGUAUGUGAAGGAGGAAGGGAGACGGAAGAUGCAGCGGUGUCGGACGCCGGAGAUCCUGCUCGCUCCGCACUAUCUAGAGGGGUGUAAUCGAGAAGUCUGUUGCCAUUGGGGCGCGCCAUAUCCCAGGAAGGAGGCGGGCGCGGCGGCGGCGGCGGCGGCGGCGGCCAGCAGCGGCGACGACUCCGCCGCCCGCGACGCGCCGCGCGCGCCCUCCGACAUCGACAGCCAGAUCUCCCUGCCGCGGUCAUACACGUUGCCGCGCGAGUUCCGCUACUGGCGCCGGCGGCCGCGGCUGCGCGACCACGUGCCGAGCAACAACAGUAGCGACGGUGACGUAGACAGCGGCGACAACGACAGCGACCGCCGUUCAAACUGCUCAGCGCGGCAACCAUACUGCGCACCGCUAGCGCUCGACGACCAUCGCCGGCGACGGAAACCCAUGCCCAAGCCAGAGACCAAGCUGUAGUUAUACAGCAAUGCAACCACUCGGGCAGCGUAGCGCUCGACGACUAUAGGUGAAGGAAGCCCAAGCCGGUGACUAAGAUGUAGUGAGUCAGACAACAACCAAAGUGCUCGGGCAGCCCUCUAGCGCUCGUCGACGAAAACCCAUGCCCAAGCCGGAGACCAAGCUGUAGUUAUACAGCGAUGCAACUACUCGGGCAGCGCUACUGCGUAGCGCUCGACGACCAUAGGUGAAGGAAGCCCAAACCGGUGACUAAGAAGUAGUGAGUCAGGCAGCAACCAGUGCUCGGGCAGCCCUCUAGCACUCGUCGACGAAAACCCAUGCCCAAGCCGGAGGCCAAGCUAUAGCGAGCAUACAGUGGCUUUCAUCAUUCAUUCAUCACCGACUUGAGCAUUGGUAACGGAGACCAAUGCUCGAGUCAGAGACAAAGCUGCGUGCCACUAGCGCUCGAACGACUAUCGUCGAUCGAAACCCAUACCCAAGCCGGAGACAGUUGUAGCGAGCCAUACAGCGACAGCUCUAAUUACUGCGGCAGCACUACUGCACCAGCUAGCGCUUGUAAACUAUCGCCGACGGAAACCCAUGCCUAAGCCGGAAGCUAUAGUAAGACCGGACACCAAACUAGUUACAGGUACCCUAAAUCUAUAACCCAAUCUGAGUUUGGGUGCCCUUUUAUCGACGCCUAAGACUUUGAACAGAUGAUGAGACAAACUUUACCUACCGAUGUCGGAUCGCGACGAAUGACUUCUUACUGUACAGUCAGCGUCAAAUACUUUGUAGCAACCAAAGUGGCCAAAUAGUUCGGUACACCAUAUAUUUAGUAUGGUGUUCCGAACUAUU